AUUGACGUAUAGAACACAUUUUCCAGUCAGCUGCAAUAAGAGAACCUAUGAGGUGUGAGACAAGUGCAGCAUUUUCCAAUAUAGUGUUAUUUGUAGACAUUUAGAAGGAACGACAAAAAUUAUCGUCCGUUAUUAUUCACAUAAUCGAUCUCAAGGCGGAUAAAAUACUAUAUUCAAACAAAUGAAAAUUGAUUUUGCCGGUAAAACUGGAAAACUUCGGACUGAUUCCGUAUACAUUGUACAUGUAUUAAAACAGGAACAACGUGUUCAGAUUCUGGAUUUGAUUAUAUUAUGAGGAUUCAACAUUUUAAAAUACGGAGAUACUUGAAAUUCGACAACGAAUUGAUAAAGCAACCAUUUCUUGUGCAGUAAAACAUGAAAUUUUGAUCGCUGCCAGUUCUAAUGGGAUGUGACGUCAGCAAGUCAACAGACGUCAUUGAAACUGAAGAAAUUGAAAGUGAUACUUUCGAGUUCACAGACACACAGAUAGACACAAUACGAAGCACGUGGCCAAUAUUAGCGUGCGACAUGACCGACAUCGGGUCGAAGGUGUUUCUGAAAAUUUUUCUGGAGGAGCCAAAAUUGAAAUAUACAUUCUCUUCAUUCAGUGACAUGGAAGAAAACGAAUUAGUUCAUCAUCCACUUUUCAUCGAUCACGUGACAAGGUUUAUGAAUAUCAUCGACUAUUUAGUGGAGAAUCUCGACCAAGAAAAAUCGGACUUUGAACAAGCCUUGCUAAUGCUGGGUGCCAAACAUGCGACAUUUCCAGGAUUUCAAAUAUCUUAUUUAAAUCUUUUCACGAAAGCUCUUCUGGAGGUUUGGGAGAGCGCAAUCGGCGAAGAGUUCAUACCGGAAGUACAACAAUGCUGGGCGCAGCUUUUUACCUACAUUAUGCGAUACAUUGUGCAAGGCUACGAACUUUACUUUAGUGAGUGCCAAGAUGAUAUUGUUGAUGAAAAAUCUUAACUAAAACUUUGCUUUUUUUUUUACUUUGCAUCUGAUUUUAUCACACCAGAUAAAAUAUGAAAAUUUUGCAAUCAUGUAUUGAACAGCGAGAGUGUUUUUAAAAAUAAUGUAAAAUAAAAAUUAUGCACAAA